GUGAUGACGUCAACGACAGCCCCGGCCAGCCCAGCUGUGAGCGCGCGCGCGAGUGUGUGACAGUUCGUCGCCAGCUUUCGCACAACAAGGAAGAGGAGGGUAUGUCACUGAAGGGAAACCUGGAACGGACGUGAAGCGCUAGUUUCCCCCUCCGAGGCUGCUGACAUCUUCCAAUCAGCUCCAUGGCUUUGUGGAUCAGCUGACUGUAGUUUCUUUUGAAGAUGGAUAUGAACAGAGACAGCAGGGCCAUGUCUGCAUGUACUUCAUGAUUUCCUUCAGCGUGAAGAGAUUUGAAUGCUGAGCCCUCAUUAGCUGCCUGUUAGUGGGAUUGUCCAUACCUGUGUUCAAACAUGGCUCCUGUUCCUCCAGGGGUCCGCCUGCUGGUGUCCUUUGACAGGGACCAAUGGUACAGAGCUCUCACCUUCAUCCUGACCUUCUUGCUCUACACCAGUUUCCACCUGUCCAGGAAACCAAUUAGUAUCGUCAAGAGUGAGCUUCAUAAGAACUGCUCAGCCGUCAGUGAAGCAGCCAUCAUUGCAUCCAGCAGCAGCCAGCAGCCCUCCCUGUCAUCUCUGCACACAGAUGUCGACUGCAGCUGGAAACCUUUUGAUAAAAGCAAUUACAAACAGCUGCUGGGAGCCAUGGACUACUCCUUUCUGUGUGCUUACGCAAUUGGAAUGUACUUGAGCGGCAUUAUCGGGGAGCGCCUGCCCAUUCGUCUGUACCUCACAGUGGGCAUGCUGGCCAGUGGCGUGUUCACUUGCCUAUUUGGGCUUGGCUACAUCUACAACAUCCACAACCUGAGCUUCUAUAUAUUUGUCCAGGUGGCCAAUGGCUUGGUUCAGACCACUGGUUGGCCUAGUGUAGUGACCUGUAUCGGCAACUGGUUUGGAAAGGGAAGGCGUGGACUCAUCAUGGGGCUGUGGAACUCUCACACUUCAGUGGGAAACAUUUUGGGCUCUCUGAUUGCCGGCUACUGGGUCUCCUCCAACUGGGGCAUGUCCUUCAUCGUACCAGGGCUCAUCAUCAUCAUCAUGGGCGUGGUUUGCUUUCUCUUUCUCAUUGAGCAUCCUAAUGAUCUAAAAACCAUCUAUACACAAAAUUCAUCUCUAGGCAAGACUGUCCCAACCCACAGCUGGAAUGGAGUGAACGGACACACAGAGGUGUAUCUACAGUACAAGGACAACAAAAAUCAGGUCUGCUAUUAUUACAAGGAUAGUAUUCAAAACAGGAAGAGCUACGACACAGAGCUCCUGUUGCCCAGAGACAGCGAGCGCAUCCCCAUGCAGCCGGUUGUGGUGGUGAAGAGUGAGUCGGAGCCGUCUGCCAUCAGCUUCAUGGGAGCGCUACGGAUACCAGGAGUGGUGGAGUUCUCUCUGUGUCUGCUGUUUGCUAAGCUGGUCAGCUAUACUUUCCUGUUCUGGCUGCCGCUCUACAUCACCAAAGCAGCUCACCUGGAUGCCAAAAAGGCAGGAGAUCUGUCCACACUGUUUGACGUGGGAGGAAUUGUGGGGGGCAUCUUAGCAGGCGUGAUCUCUGAUAAAUUGGGGAAGCGAGCCACCACCUGUGCAGUCAUGUUACUGCUGGCUGCUCCUACACUUUACGGCUUCUCCAUGAUCAGUCAGUUUGGUUUGGGGCCAACGAUUGGGAUGCUCUUAGUGUGCGGAGGUCUAGUGAAUGGACCGUAUGCGCUCAUCACAACUGCAGUGUCUGCUGAUUUGGGCACCCACAAGAGCCUGAAAGGCAACGCCAGAGCAUUGUCUACAGUCACAGCCAUCAUUGAUGGCACAGGAUCCGUAGGUGCAGCACUCGGCCCCCUGUUAGCUGGACUGCUGUCUGCAGGCGGCUGGGAUCAGGUCUUCUACAUGCUGAUGACUGCUGACUUUCUUGCUCUGUUGCUUUUGCUACGGCUUGUGACAAAGGAGCUGGCCUCAUCUAAAUCCCGUCCUAUCUCCACUGUAGAGUUGAAGGAACACUGAGCACUUUGAUUGCACUGUGUACACACAUACACGCAGAGUGCAAUGAUACCACCUAGGGUCUGAUAUGGAUUGUGACUGGACUGUCCUGACAGAUGAAACUGUUUGUUAAUAAACCAACAUGUAUGCUCGUGUGCACCUACAAUCAUGCUGCAGUGCUUUGCUGAUGAGGAGCUAUGACUGAAGUUGCAGCCGCUGCGCUGAUCAAGCAGCGGCACACUUAGUCUGAAAGUCUCAUGUGUACUUAUUGUACUUGCAUAACUUCCCAAUGUCCUUCUUAGCCCUUGAAUUCAGUUUGAACUUGAUGACUGGCAUGUCUUUCUGCUCACUUGUAUGUUGGAACGUUUUCAGCCUUACCUGUCCAGUUAAUUUAUGGGGCUAUUUGUAAUUUUUACAGUGGUACCCAGUGUUGUCAGCUUUGAUAGUUGUUUUUAAAGCUAUCAAUCACAGAAUUAAGAAACAGCUUCAUCAGAAUUGGGGUCGUUGCCAGGACUAAAAAAACGUCAGAGCCUGCUACAAAAACUGCAAGCAUGCAGUUUUUACAGUUUACUUCCUGUGUAGUUCUGUAGCAAAUAUACAGGAAACAUACCUGAUAGAGUCUCAGGUAACACUGUACUCACCCAGGACUUCAUGAUAAAUAGCACUUUAACGACUGUGAUUCUGCCAAGCACCACUAAAACUGGAAGCACCACAGGCUGCUAGGUCUUUGUGUCCUUACUGCCUUUUUGUGUAUGAUUUGUAUUUUCAUACAGUUCAUUUAUCUGGUGCCAUGUGAGCGGUCUGUCAAAGUUUGAGGCUCAUGAGGAGGACUCUUUGCCCAUACUGAUAUUUUUAUUUUUGUUGUAUUGGGAUAAAUUCAUAUAUAUAUAUACCUAAAACCUGGACAGAACCACUUCUUAAUAUUGUGCCUAGAUCUGUUAACCUUUUUUUGAAACAUGAAUUUAAUCAGAUAUCAGUCAUCUAGAAACCGUGAUCUAGAUCUAAUUCCAUGCAUAUAUGUUGGAGAGAAGAGGGAAAACAAAGACCAGCUGUUUUGCCCCUGGCAAAGCUCCACAAACUUCUUGUCCCAAAGUUAGACUUACUGGUUUCAGUGGGUGGCUCAGUGUCUGUUGUUUUCUCAGACCUUGGUGUCUUCCUGAUGGAAGAUGUUUGGCAUGAUGUGGCAGACCCAGAUAAGUUUGUGGUCUUUACGUUGAUGCUGACCAGUACAAUUCUUUUCUUACUUUUGCUCGUUGAACCAAAGAGAUGAUGGGACUGGUUUCGUUUACAUGUGUAUUUAUUUUGAAAAUGAUUUAACUUUUUUGUUUCCUUUUCCAUUGUCCUGUGGUAGCUUGUUGUUUUGUAAUAAAAUGAAUGUAGCUGGCUCUCUCUCCACACACACACACACACACACACACACACACACACACACACACACACACACACACACACACACACACACACACACACACACACACCAGCCUACAGAGGGCUUAAUUCAAAGACACUGAAAAUCAAAGUGUGUGUUUAUGUCUUGAAGAAGCUGGAUUUUUUUCCUGUGGUGAUUUUGGGGGGGGGGGGUUGUUAUGUAUGUUAAGUUAGAUGAAUAAGACUGUUUCUGUUUUACAGUGGAAGGAAUAUUUAAAGAAUAUUUAUUGAUUAAAACUAUUGCAGAGAAGGACUAAACACUAUAUGUAAUUCUUGUUCCUGUGAUCUUAUAAGCAUAAUUCACAAAAUGUAUACCAUGAAAUUAAAACAAUGAUUUAUUUUUCUGCAGAUUUGUUUUUUAAUCAUUAAGAGUGAUAUAUUGUAUGUAUUUAAAAGAUGUGAAAUAGGUUUAUGUAACUGUAUUUUAAAGUCUGGGAACUUGGUGGUACUCUUAAGACAAUAUCCUUGGAACAAGACCACAUGUAAAUAUAAUGUGUCAGUGGUAAGAUUAAUACUUGAAACCUUGUGUGCCUUUCUUGGUUUUUGCAGGGCAGUGGAUUUUUUUUAAGUUUCCAUGGAAAUGAACUUGCUUUGAAGUUGAUUUAUGUAGAGAAAACAAAUAAACCGUUUGCUUUUUUCACUGGUUGAA